UGACAAUAAAAUUGCCAGUUGGAACUUGAACUGUCUGUUAUGAGCCACUUGAACUCACUUUCAUAAGUUUCUGAUGAAAAGUUCAUCUUAUUCUAUAAAUUAAGUUGAUUUUACUUUGAAGUUGUAGUUGAUGCCCAGUCAGAGCGAGGUCAACUUAUCUGCGCAUGCUCAUUUCAAAUUUGUCAUGGCAACCGGCUGCAACGGGGUUUCCAUGGAUUUUCCCAGGAGCUCCCUUCGAAAGUUUGCAUGCGCCAUCUUUUCACUUUGCUGGCGGUAACUUUCCCUGACGACUCGUCGAAGAGGAGACUAAUGUUCCUUCUAACGGGUUUUCUAUGAAGUGUUGCUUCUGCAGCUUUGCUAGCACCAGUCAAGAGCGUCUGCUCAGGCACCAUCGACUCAGGCACAUAAGAGGAGCUUACUGGCCGUGUGUUUACAGUGACUGUAUUUUGAGAUUCUGGAUCCAGAGACUUUGAACGAUUACCGCCCAUUGGCUGCAUACCAAGUUGCUAGAACUUUGAUGGUGACCCCAAGGACUUGGCUACUGCAGUAACUUGAAAUGGCUUUGUUGCUUCUGGUCCACAUAAAUCCCAAACUCGUCCGUAAGAUUCGGCUAACCAAAGCUCCUGAAACUAUAGAGGAACUGUACAAUGAACUGCGUCAAAAACUUGAACUUGUGGGUGAAUUCUGUAUACAGUAUGAAGACUCUGACUUUGGCCAGGCAGUUUGCAACCUGAUUGACAUAGCAGAGUUACCUUCAGAAAAGGCUGUCUUGCAUAUUCUGUGGAGCAAUGAGAACCUGCCAUCACCACCACCUCCAACACCAACUCGGUUGUCCUCCAUCUCUUCCCUUGACACAGCCAGCAUUGGAUCUCCAGACUCAAUCCACAGCUUAUCUUCAGUUGUGCAGACAUAUAGGAGGAAUGUUUCACAGUGGCCCACUCCUUUCCCGAUACCAGAAUUCUCAUAUGAUGUUGAACUGAUACUCCGCAAGGGGAAUGAAACGUUUGAAAUAUCAGGGAAGAGUUUACAUGUAACCAGAGAUGUGAAAACAGAGAUUCUGGACAAGUUGGCACAAGAAAUAUUUACUGUGAAAGCCUACCCUGACAAGCACGAGUUUGAGUCUGUUGCUGCUGAACUUGUCAACAAACAUCCCUGCCUCAAAGAGCCUGGUGGUGGUACUGGAUAUGCGGGAUGGACAAUCAGCAUAAAGUACAAGAUGGGGAACUACAGAACAAAACUACGUCAAGCUGGAUGUAAUGAGGUUGGUGUCAACAGGAGAACAAGAAGGGAGGUGGUGGAUGAUCAUGGUGUCAACAGGCGAAGAAGAGAUGACGAUGGGGAUGAUGAUCUGGAGAUAAGGUUUUCCUUGAAAAAACCAAAGCGAGGUGAGGUCAACCAUGUCCCAGAUCAUCCUGAAAGCUACACUGAGGAUGACUUGGAAGACCUGAGGUCUUCCCUGGUUGAAGCCAUGAAGAAGAAAAACAAGGACAUGGAGUUCAUCAGCCAGAAGAUGGACGUCACAUUCUCCUUUAGGAGAAUGGAGAUUGUAGAGAUGGAACCCAUGGUCUCAGAAGUGCUGGAGAGGUGGCCCGGUCUAUUUCUUAAAGAACAGAUUUGUCAAGAGUUCACUCGUGUGACCACCAAGGACCUGAUGGGAACAUUUAAAACGGCCCUUGAGAUGUUCACCCCUCGUCUGCUGAAAUUGUAUCGUGCCAGGAAGGGUGCCUUUCGAGAGAUGGAAACCCUUUUGGAAAUGCUUGACAAACAGACAUCUGACAUCACAAGUCAUCGCAGACAGACAGCUGUGGAAGGUCUUCCAAUAUUUCUGCGGGACAAUACUGAGAAGCUUUUCUCUAGAUGCCUGGCAACUGAUGCAGAUGACGAGCAGACAAAAGGCAUCAAGAUCGGUGUCCUCACAGUGCUUGAUGAUGAUGACGCAGUCAUUAAUAUUGCCGUCGUGUUGGAGGAAACCAUUGUCCUCAACGACAUCCCAGACACCCCGACUGCGCUUGCGUUUCUUUUUGGCCUGCUUUAUGCCCUCAACAUGGAGUUCCCAAAAGACAGCAGGUAUACCUUUGAAACUAUCCAGCACAUUUUCAUGGAAAUGUCCACCAAUUACUCACAGCGUGUCCGGAGCUUCAAGACCAAGCUGUUAAACCAGUGAUUCAUUUGCCAUGGGGAAGAUUUCUCUUAUGUCUUCAUUUAUUAUGUUUGGAUAUUUUGCAAGUUUUCACAUAGACCACCUUAUAAUUUGUAUGUUCUUUUGAUUUCCCCAACUUAUUGACAUGUGCCUUAUUUGUUUUGGACACAAGCUUUAUUUAGACUAAAAACAAAUCUUUUGUUUGCUACUACUGAUCAAUACUGAAGUCAAGAGACUUCAGUAUUGAUCAGUAGUAGCAAACUGUUCACCAUUACUGUUAUAGCAGCAUGUUUGCAUUUUUGGCUAUAUUUAAAGUGAGGUUCAGAUAAUUUGCCAUUUUCAGCUGUAGAUUUACACACUUGUGAAUACUUAGGCACUGGUUAAUGUUCAGAACAUUAUAGCCAGUAUCGAAAAUUUCAUUUAUACGAGCCAUUACUUGGAUAUUGUUCACUGCUCUGUGAUGUGUAAUGCCUGCUAAGAAUGAGCCAUCCUCUGGCAGCUUUAAAAUGUGAGUAAAUGUGUCUGUGAUUAAAAAAAACACCUUAGUGAUAAGCUGAUUUAACUUUUUCUGUAUAUACAUAUAACAUACUUUCCUUGUUUUGCAA